UAAAAUUAGUCUUGUACAUGGCACAGAUCACGAUGUGAAAAUAUACUCUACGGUAUAAUUAAAUUUCUACACUUGACUGACAAAAACUUCAUUUUAAAAUAAAAAUCCUGAGAUUAAAAAAUCGAUUUCCAUGCCUCAAAUUUCAAUACAGACUUUAAUUUUGAAUUUAUCAUGUACUUCGCAAAAGACGCUUUAUGAAUAUAACACGAUAGAACAUCUCAUACAUUAUUUUCAGUAUCUAGUAAAGUGGUUUUGAAAUAUAUUUGAUAGUUGAAAACAAUAUAUCCAAUAUCUAAAUAUUACAAUGAUUAUUUGGGGUUAAAAAUUAAUUUCCUAUAGUGGAUUGUGUCUAGGUGAUAAGCGUUAUCCGGCUAUGAAGGUCAGGUUAUCAAGGUUAUAACAGACCGCUUUUUCAGCAAUUGUUAUGAAUGAAUAAAAAAAAACUGAAUACCGAUAAAAAUUUAUAAAAAUAAUUGAAUUCGGAACGACAAAAUAUAAAUCGUCAAUUCCGUAGUGUGAGAGUUUUAGAUUAGGUCAUAGGAUAAAUUGAAAAAAAAAACGAAUAUGAUCAGAUUAUUUAGAGCUUCCUUUAAAUUUACUGGUAAUUAUAUAAAAAAUUUUGCGGAAAUGUCGACCGUUAGCGCCAUACAGUCUGAAAAAAUAGACAUUGAUGGACAACUAAUAAAUUAUGUUAAAAUUGGUAAUGGUCCUAAAAAUAUUGUCUGUUUACCUGGAGUUUUGGGGACAAUUUGGACUGAUUUCAAGCCUCAAGUUAAUAACUUGGAUAAAAGUAAAUUUACCGUGGUUGCAUGGGAUCCUCCUGGUUAUGGUUUUAGUCGACCACCUAAUAGACAUUUUAAUACUGAAUUUUAUAUGAAUGAUGCCAUUUGUGCUCAAAAAUUUAUGAAGAAAAUAGGAAUAGAUAAGUAUUCAGUUCUGGGAUGGAGUGAUGGUGGUAUAACAGGUUUGAUAAUGGCUGCGAGAUUUCCAGACAAUAUAGAAAAACUAAUUGUUUGGGGAUCUAAUAGUUAUGUUACUCAGGUAGACUUUAAAGUGUGUGAUGAUCUAAGAGAUUUAAGUAAGUGGUCAGAUAAAAUGAAAGCUCCACUCAUAGAACUUUAUACAGAAAAAGGAUUACAAGAUAUGUGGAAUGCUUUCUCCGAUACACUGAGAGAAAUAUAUGAUAAUGGUGGAAAUAUUUGUAGUAAUCUAUUAAAUGAUAUAAAGUGUCCAGUUUUUAUUCUUCAUGGAGACAAAGAUCCUAUGAUUGCUCCUGAACAUCCUGGGUAUCUCUUAUCGAAAAUCAAAGAUGCUAAGUUACAUAGAUAUCCAGAUGGUAAACAUAACAUCCAUUUGAAAUAUGCAGAAGAUUUCAAUAAAUUGGUGUCAGAUUUUUUGUUACAAUAGUUCAAAUAUAAUUAUUACAUAACAAUAUAAAAUUAUUUAAUUUCAUCAGCACCAACAUCAAUAAAAUUAAAUUAUUAAUCCACAGUAAGAUUAAAGAGGUUGAACAUAAUUUUUAUAGUACCAUAAUCUUCACUAAUAUAAAGCUGAAGCUUUUAUUUGUUCGGUUUAAGGCAUAUAUGGCGUUUUAAUUUAGAAAGCCAUAAAUGCUGUCAUCAAAAUUCAUUGUGUGUGAUUAUUACAGAAUUGUGAUUAUAUUGUUUAUUCAAUUAAUUAAUUAUUUUAUUUAGUCUGAUACUAACUGUUAAAUAGUCAUAAAAUGAUAAUUCCUGUUGUUUACAAUCAUUGAAAACAAUAUUAAAAUUGUUUUAAUAAAAUAAUUUUUGAUCUGGAGAUUUGUAAGUUUUCCUGAUCUGUUUUGAGAGAAAAAAUGAAAUUUGUAAGACACAAAAGAUCCUUUGGGUUUCAGUGUAUUCGAGACACCCAUACAUACAAGUUGGUUCAAAAUGAAAAAUUAUUCUAGUCAGGCAAAUCAUUAAUCAAAUCAAUGAAAAAUGUUGCCCAAAUGGUUUUUUUUUAUUAUCUUAGAAUAGAAAAAAAACGUAUUAAACUUUUCUCCUGGUUUCGUCUUUGUGAUUUCAACUUAGAACUAUAGAUUCGAGGACAAAAAAAGUCUCUUAUUUAAUCAUAGACCAGAAUCGAUAACUUUUGAAACCCAAAAAAUGAUAGUAGGAUCAAACACAUUGGAAAAGGAUGACAAUAUGAUAAAAAUAGAAGGAAGAAUCAUUUACGAGCGAUCUGAGGUCGGGAAUUGGAAGGGGGUGAGUUUUUAAGGGUGAAAAACGGUUUAUCUUGAUUUCCGACAAAGCUAUAAGUCCUAUGGAAAAAAGUCGAAUUUAAACUUUCUUCAGAUAACCGCAAAAUUUAUGUGACAAAUUCAUAAAACCGAAUUUUUUGUUUUUAUCUUUUACAAAAACAUUUUUUUUUCAGGAAAUUUAGUGAAAAGUUAGCUUUCUAUGUCCCAUAUAUAUAAUUUUCGAACGAAAUUUCUCCCGUCAAAAUAUCAGCUUUUUUUUUAAAAAGUCAUUAAAAUUUUUAUUCGUUAGAAUCUCUACACUUCUUGAUGGUGUAAAAAAAUAUUACCAUCACUAUAGUAAAUUUUCUCAGAAAAUGCAAAAAAUAAGAUGAAAAAAUUCGCUGAAAUUCAAAGCUCAACUUUUUUGAUAUUUCGUCCUGAGACAUGAUUCAGGUUUGGUAAUUAAAAAAAAAUCUUUUUUUUGUUAAUUCCUUCUCUGAUUAAUAAUUUCGGUAACAGUUUGUAUGAUUUUUCUUAUAGGUGAUGACUUUUGUUAUCCCUGUAUAUAUUUCAAGUCUUCAACAAAUAGGGAGAAAGUAGUAAAAUUUAUAGACGUUAUUGCUGCGAUGUUUUAUUAUUUUUUACAAACAAGUUCAAUUAAAAAAAUGACAAACUAGCAUCUGUUUCAAAAUACAGACUUGACUUGCGAAAAAAACACUUUCGACAAGUCAGAAUAGCUAUAAAGUUUAUUAAUGUAGUAACAAUAUUUAAAUAUUACCUCCAUAUUAAAUCUUUUUGUAAUCUAAAUUAGAGAAAAAGAAAAAAGAAUAAAUGUACAAAAAUUAUCAAGUGGUAAAAAGUUUAACAAAAAAAUAUAUAUGGUCAAUUGAACUCCAUAUAUUUUUCUGUUAGUCUUGAUCUAAAACAACAGACACAAUUAUACAAAGUGAUUCAAAUUUUUGUUGUUAUCAAAAAAAAAACCGUUCCUCAAUUUGUACAUGCACAAUUAUACAUCUACAUAUUUAAAAUUAUUGAAUUUAGUAACAAAAAAUAUUGAUUUUAAAUUAGUUUUGAUAAAAUAAGACAUUACAGAAAAUCCACACCUCACGUUAACAAAUGUCAAAUAUGACAAGAUCUGGAGAUUAUGCAACUCAUGAAAUUAAUCGGGAAGCAAGAACAGUUAAAAAUAAAAAAGUAAAACAACAUGGGAUAAAGUAGUUAACUGACCGGGGAGUAGCCAGCUACCUCCAUUACCGAUAUCUUGCACUUGGCUACCCUAAGUAGUACUCUCUGGAUCAACAAAAUCAAUCAUCAUGUAACAAAUUAUGAGCCAGAUCUGGAACGCGAAUUCUAAAAUGGCCCGCUCAGCUUGAUAUACGGCCAAUUUACGUGGCUUUUUCCGAAUAAUCAACGGAAUUUAAUUUCAAUAUUUUUUUAAAUAUAAAUAACAAUCUUGUAGAUUAAAUCAAUUAACUCAAGAUUGGUAAUUUAUAUUCGUUUCUUGUCGGUAUUGAAACAAUAAGUAGUUUUUAAAGGUAACAAAUUUGAAAAAUUGAAUUACUUCUCGACAAUCAAAUGUGUCAAAAGAGCGAACGAUUUAUUAAUUAAAAAAUACUAGAUAUCGACAGAAGAAAGGUCUAAUAGACAGUUUUAAAUUUAUGUACAAAAAUAAACAUUUACAUAUAUUUUUCACCUCUUUUUUCCAACAAGUGCGGUUUGUAAACAUCAAUGACUCAACAUAACAUUACGUAACUUUAUUAUAAAAAAAACUCAAAUUGGUUGAAACUCCAUUCACAUUGAAAAUCAGUAAAAAUUGAUUAGUCAAUAUGAGACUACAAAUUCUUCAAUUUACUAUCACUAUAAUUGUUUUAUUUUUCUCAAAAAUCAUCAGAAAUAACUCUGAUUUUGAUUUCUUUGUUUUUUUAUAAGAUUCGAUUCCUAAAACAAAAAGCUACGGACGAAUCAUAGAAUCCUUCAAGUAUAUCCAAUAGAAACCUAAAGAGUUUCCAACGAUGAAGUCUGACAACGGGUCGAAAACUAACCUUACUGGCCAAGAGCCAAUAAAAUGGAUGAUAGAUUUAUCAAAAUUGUAAAAAAGACAAUUCUGUGUUCACAUUUCAUGAAUUGUUUAUCAAUUACCGAAGUACAUCAAAUAAAACACCUUUGCAGACGUCAAAGGACAUAUCAAGUACAAGUUACCAAAGGCGUUACCAAUCAUUUAAAAAUUACGACUCACUCUAUGUAUAAUUUAUAAACCACACUUUUGGAAUACUUUCGGUUAACAAUAUUUAAUAUACAGCUCAUGUUUUUUAGUAAAAAAGAAAAUGAAAAAAAAAAAAAAUUAAAACUACCUUAUGUGAGCAUAAAAUCUAACUAAUACGUUACAUAAUUAUUUUUUUAAUAAAAAGUACAUAUAUAUAUAAUAAAUUUUGUGUAACGCAUUAGUUUCACAUAAAACAUGCAGAACUUUGGUAGACACUUGUUCCCUAUAUUUGAAAAAAUAAAGUGUAUAUACAAUUU